AUGCAUGGACUCUUUUCAACAACAAAAGAACGUGAUGUUUCAGCAAUAUUCUCUGGCAGUGGAGCCGUUCGAGGUGAUAACCAUAGCGUUCAAUUUGAGAUAAAUAUUGAUUCGACAACAACAAAUUUAAUCAGACCUUAUGCAAAUGUGAAAUUAGUGAGUGCAAACCCAGAUGACGAAGAGAUUCUAUUUUUUAUGGGUUUCGUUUGGAAAAUUGUAUCGAUGACAGAGACAACAACAAAUCAUUGGCGGAUUGUACUUCAAUCAUGCGCAGAUUAUGACUCUCAAUUGAAUGAAUAUAUUGAACGGUAUACACGAAAUUGUACAUAUUUGUCUAUUGGCGACAUUUUACGAGAACUCGGUGAUUAUCCAAAUGCAAGUAAUUUUUAUGAACGCAUGCUACGCGAGUCGAAUAAAACUGAUGAGACUCGUGCGCAUGUCUAUUUUAAUAUGGCUAUAUUAGAGGAAAACCAGGGUGCAUACUUGAGAGCCUUAAGGUAUUAUCGAAAAGCAGAAAAAUUAAUCAAGUUAACAGAAACACACGAUAACGAAGUAUCAUCAUCAUCACCAAAAGCUCUUUUUUCCCAUAAUAUUUAUCCAUCUCGAAUGCAUGCCUUGAACAACAUAGGUCACAUUUACCUGAAAGAUGGUGAUUAUAAAUCUGCAGAAGAACAUUUCGAGAGAGCUCUUCAAGAAGAACCAAGUUCUGAAGUCGAACGAGCUGUCGUGCUAAAUAAUUUCGGUUUAUUGGAAUUCAAACGUGGAAAUUUAGAGAAAGCUCGUCAAUAUUUCAAUGAUGCAAUUCAACUUGCUCAAAACGAUGCCUGUUCAGCAGACUUUAGAGUCAAUUAUGAUAUGGUUAUGAGACGAAUCUCAUAA